CAUCUGUGGUGAAAAAUUGCUCAAAUUGUAUUAUAUCUCUCGAUCUAUGUUUUAUCUCUUGAUUUUUAGUAUUUCAUUUGAUCUGUGCUAUUUGUGUUCAGUCAACUUGUUAUAAGUUUGUAACAGAACAUCAGAGAGACAUCUGGAGCAAUGGGGCAGUGCAAAUCUCACAAUUACAUUGUAGAGGAAGAUGCUGCUGCAUCUGUGUCACCAAGGCCUGUCCCAGAGAGAGUAGAAAAGAAGAAGAAAGGGAGGUUCUUUAGAUGGGCUUUUUCUCGGAAAUCCAAGAAAACUUCCACCGAAGCCCAACAGAGUCAGUGCAGAAAUGACAGCAGCCAACAGCCUGAGAGAUGCUCUGAUGGUGAAGUUGAACAGAACAGCAACAUUGACAACAAUUCAGUGUACAGCUGGCACACCUGUGUGUCUUCUCUCACCACUGUGCAGGAUGCUGAAAAAGACAUUCCCAGUCAAGAGCAAAGGGGCAUCAGCAGCACUCACAACAGCAGUCCUUCUCUGACAGUGCCAUCUAUGACUGAGGAGAACAGCUCAGCUUCGACAUCGGAUGACGUUUCUUGGAAGAAUGAGGAUGAAAUUAUCAAUUUAAGUUCAAAGGGAAAGAAAGGGGACGUCUUGCAGCACUAUCAAACUAUGAAAAUGCUGGGUCGAGGAUCAUAUGGAAAUGUUUACGAAGGGAUCCGUUUGUCUGAUUCACGAAAGGUGGCACUCAAAUGUGUGUUGAAGACAGAAUGCAUGGAAAAUGUCCGUAUUGAUCUAUUUGGCAAAUCCCUUCCAAACGAGGUCGCUAUGAUGGUUCUUGUGAACAAAGGACCCAGCGUUCCUCAAAUAAUAAAGCUGCUGGACUGGUACGAGACACCAGAGGAAUACGUACUGGUCUUGGAGCGGCCCACGCCAUGUGAAGAUCUGCGGUGUUUUUUACUGCAAAAUGGUGGCAAAAUGAAGGAAUCUACGGCACGAGUUGUGAUGCGUCAGGUUGUCACUGCUGCAAGAAUAUGCAGUGAAAGGGGCAUUUUCCACAGCGACAUCAAGCUGGAAAACCUGCUCAUCAACCGAAACACUUUGCAGGUCAAAUUAAUAGACUUCGGUUGUAGCAGACGCUUGACGAAGUCUCCUUAUUUGAAAUUCAGUGGCACAAAAGUUUAUUGUCCCCCUGAGUUUGUCAACCAUCAAAGGUAUCAUGGCAAGCCUGCAACAGUGUAUUCUUUAGGCGUACUGAUGUGCAAGAUGCUAUCUGGGAAGUACCCUCGCAAUAACCUCCCUCAGAUGUUUGCUGAGCCCUGGUACAUAGAAGACAUUUCCAAAGAAUGCAGAGAUCUGAUCUCUUCAGGCAUGGAAAGGGAUCCAGCCAAGCGGAUUGAUUUGAAAAAGAUCCUCCUCCAUGACUGGUUCCAGGUAUUGGUCCUUACAUAAAACUGUUUGAAAAUAAGAUACCGUCCGUCAUGGAAGGCAGAACGAGAAACAGAAGAAACCCAGAGAGUUGGUAAAGAAAAAAACCUUAUGUGCCUAAAAGAAAAAAGUAAGGAAAGGAAGUAUAUAUGUGUAUACACUAUAUUGCCAAAGGUUUUGGGACGUCUGCCUUGACAUGUACAUGAACUUUAAUGACAUCUCAUUCUGAAUCCGUAGGGUUUGAUAUGGAGUUGGCCCAUCCUUUGCAGCUAUAACAGCUUUAACUCUUCUGGGAAGGCUUUCCACAAGGUUUAGGAGUGUGUCUAUGGGAAUUUUUGACCAUUCCUCAAGAAGCGCACUGGUGAGGUUAGACAGUGAUGUUGGACGAGAAGGCCUGGCUCACAGUCUCCCCUCUAAUUCAUCCUAAAGGUGUUCUAUUGGGUUGAGCUCAGGACUCUGUGCCAGUCAAGUUUGACCUCCACACCAAACUUGCUCAUCCAUGUCUUUAUGGACCUUGCUUUGUGCACUUGUGCACAGUCAUGUUGGUACAGGAAGGGGCCAUCCCCAAAUUGUUCCCACAAAGUUGGGAGCAUGAUACUGUCCAAAAUGUCUUGGUAUGCUGAAGCAUUUAUACGCAACUUUAUACAUGGCACAAUGCAGUCAGGCAAGUGCCGUUCUCCUAGCAACCGCCAAACCCAGACUCGUCCAUCGGAUUAGCAGACAGAGAAGCGUGAUUCAUCACUCCAGAGAACAGGUCUCCACUGCUAUAGAGUCCAGUGGCGGCGUGCUUUACACCAUUGCAUCCCACGCUUUGCAUUGUACUUGGUGAUGUUAGGCUUGGAUGCAGCUGCUCAGCUAUGGAAACCCAUUCCAUGAUGCUCUCUACGCACUGUUCUUGAGCUGAAGGCGCGAGUAUUGACUCGGCAGAAAGUUGGCAACUUCUGCGCAAUGUGUGCCUCAGCUUGCGCUGACCCCGCUCUGUGAUUUUACGUGGCCUAGCACUUCAUGGCUGAGUUGCUGUUGUUCCAAAUUGCUUCCACUUUGUUAUAAUACCACUAACAGUUGACCGUGGAAUAUUUAAUAAAUUGGAAAUUUCACGAAUGGACUUAUUGCACAGGU